ACCACCACAGGAGAGGCAAUGGAUCCAAACCAGAAGGAACCCACCCAAUAUGGUCUAAGCCCAGAAGAAUUCUCAGAGCUAGAACCCCUCAUUCAUACAUACCACACCUGCCAGAGCUCUUCCAACAUGUGCACCUCUUUGAUUACCCAAAGAAUUGAUGCUCCCCUCACAGUGGUAUGGCCUCUGGUGAGGAGAUUUGAUAACCCUCAAAGGUACAAACACUUCAUCAAGAGCUGUAACAUGAAGAAAGGUGAUGGAAGUGUUGGAAGUAUCAGAGAAGUUACAGUGAUUUCAGGACUUCCAGCAUCUACAAGUACUGAGAAACUAGAGAUUUUAGAUGAUGAAAAGCAUAUAUUGAGUUUUAGUGUGAUGGGUGGUGAGCAUAGAUUGAAGAAUUAUAGAUCAGUUACUUCUGUUAAUGAGUUUCAUCAAAAGGAAGGAAAUAAGGUUUAUACUAUUGUUUUGGAGUCUUAUGUUGUUGAAAUUCCACAAGGGAAUACAGAAGAGGAUACUAAAAUGUUCACAGACACUGUUGUUAAGUUGAACCUUCAAAAGCUUGCUGUUGUUGCCACAUCUUCUGUUCAUGGAGGUAAUUAAUGG